UACAAGAUCUGUAAACUCAGGAACAAUACAAUACUGCUCCAGUGUCCUGCACAAGAGUAUAAAAAAACGAAAUUAUGUAUGCUGGCUGGCCUCUUUGGAAUCAAAUCAUAUCUGUGAAAUUCAAAACGUUUUACUUGAAAUGCUCAAACACCAGGCGUUUCUCGUAAGACGUGAGUUACUUGUCAAACACAUGAACAUAUCGGAAUGAGAGGACAUUAUUUGUGCCCUCCAUAUUCACGACGGGCAUGGUGUCUAUGAUGGAAGGCAAGACUAUGGGGACGGCCUGUCUCUGUGGCCCAACAGUGAGAUGGAUGACGCAAAGGGGUUCACGGUCUCUUUAAGACUCCCGCGUGGACGCCGAACGCAACGCAGGAGGGGAGAGGGAUGCGCGAGGGAUGCGCCGUCCAGUGCCGCGUCCGGUUGAUAGUUGGAGAGGACCGCUUUCACUCACUCAAGGAGCUCGCGGACGCAACGCAGAACGAUGAAAAUCACUCUGGCUUCAGACAGCUGUCUCGUACACCGAAUAACCAGGGAAUAAGGAUGCGCGGGCACGGUUUUGACAUUUGGAGUUGAACUGAAGACGAGCGAAUUCGUUUUGCAGUCGUUUAGGCAUGCGUGCAAACUCCUUACAAGAGUUUUUUUUUUUUUUACGCAGGAUGUUGAACAUUCACGCCUUAAGCCUGAUACCAUGAAGGACUGUUUACCCCGUGAGGACUGUCUUUAGGAUGCGUCCUGAUUUCACGGGAAACCACGAGGUCUGGAAGAGUGCUUUUAAGUUCUGCGGGGAUAUUUGCAUCGCUUGAGGAAUUCCAGCUGAGGACCUGUGCGCGAGUGAUUGUUUUUCUCUCGCUCACUCUUUCAGGACUAGAUUUAGAGUUGCCACAUUUGAGGCGGUGACGGACUCGCACCUGCCGUUCGGCGCUGGAUCUCUCGUACAGUUAAAGUUCCGCCGACGGUGUCACGGCCAUGGAUCUUCGCAUCGCCGUUUUUCUGCCGCUGGUUCUGCCCCUUGUCAGCAUCACCUCAGGCUCGCGGCCACGCUUCGAGGACUCGCCGCCCCGGAUCGUGGAGGACCCGUCGGACCUGGUGGUGUCCAAGGGGGAGCCGGCGACGCUGAACUGCAAGGCGGACGGGCGCCCGGCACCGGGCAUCGAGUGGUUCAAGGACGGGGAGCGCGUGCAGACGGACCGGGACGACCCGCGCUCCCACCGCAUGCUGCUGCCCAGCGGCGCGCUCUUCUUCCUGCGCAUCGUCCACGGCCGCCGCAGCAAGCCCGACGAGGGCGUCUACACCUGCGUCGCGCGCAACUACCUGGGCGAGGCCGUCAGCCGCAACGCUUCGCUGGAGGUGGCCAUCCUGCGUGAUGACUUCCGCCAGGCCCCCAGUGACGUGGUUGUGUCGGCGGGUGAGCCGGCGGUGAUGGAGUGUGUUCCCCCUCGAGGACACCCUGAGCCCACCAUCUCCUGGAAGAGGAACAACGUGCGCCUCAACAGCAAGGACGGACGCGUCUCAAUGCGUGGAGGCAAACUGAUGAUCUCACACACCAGGAAGAGUGAUGCUGGGAUGUACGUGUGUGUGGGCUCCAACAUGGUGGGGGAGAGGGACAGUGACCCCGCUGAGCUUGUGGUGUUUGAGCGUCCGGUGUUCAUGAGGAGACCUGUGAAUCAGAUAGUUCUGGCGGACGACAACGUGGACUUCUUGUGUGAGGUUCAUGGAGACCCCGCCCCCACCAUACGCUGGAGACGAGAGGAGGGAGAGCUGCCUCGCGGGAGGUUUGAGAUCCGCAGUGACAGUACCCUUCAUCUGCUGCGUGUCCGUGAGGAGGACGAGGGCACCUACACGUGUAUGACUGAGAACAGCGUGGGGAAGACAGAGGCAUCUGCCAUGCUGCAAGUCCAUGUUCCACCACAGAUUGAUAUACAGCCACGGGACCAGACCUCCACCCAGGGCCGGACGGUCACGUUCCGCUGUGGAACCACGGGGAACCCUCCACCCGCAGUCUUCUGGCAGAAGGAGGGGAGUCAGAUCUUGUUAUUUCCUGGCCAGCCCCCCUCCCAGUCUGGCCGGUACUUGGUGUCCAUGAGCGGGGAGCUGAGCAUCGCGGACGUUCACCAUGACGACGCCGGCUACUACAUCUGCCAGGCCAUCAGUGUCGCCGGAAGCAUCCUCACCAAGGCCCGCCUGGACGUGGAGAGUGACCCGUCGGAUCACUUCCCCCCCAUCAUCCGCCAGGGUCCAGCCAAUCAGACGCUGGCGCUGGGCUCCACUGCCCUGCUGCAGUGCCACGUGAUUGGCCAGCCGCUUCCCAGUGUGCACUGGGAGAGGGAGGGGCAGCCAAUCCUGGGGGAGGGUCACGACCCCCGCGUGAACCUGAUGGAGAACGGCACGCUGCAGAUCAUCAACCUGAAGGAGACGGACUCUGGGACAUACACCUGCAUCGCCUCCAGCCCCUCGGGGGAGUCCAACUGGAGCGGUGUGCUGACUGUGAGAGCGAGCAGAGUGCCCCCCCCUCCCCUCCAGUCGGAGUCCAUCCAGCUCCCCGGCCCCCCCCAGAAGCCGGUGAUGACGGACGUGACGGGGAGCAGCGUCACACUCACCUGGCAGCCCAACCCCCACGAGGGCGGGGCCGCUGUCACCUCCUACAUCAUCGAGGCCUUCAGCCAAUCAGAAGGCAGUACGUGGCAGACAGUGGCGGACCUGGUGGAUCAGGAGAAGCACACAGUGGGCGGGCUCUACCCCAACACCGUCUACCUGUUCAUCGUGCGCGCCCUCAACUCCUACGGCCUCAGCGACCCCAGCCCCAUCUCAGAACCUGUCCGCACGCAGGAUGCUGAUCCCGUGGUGGAGGACCCUGGAGUGAGGCGUCUCCAGACAGACUUCAGAGACGCCACCGUCAUCAUGAACCCCCCCGCGGCCCUCAGCCCCACCAGCGUCCACAUCACCUGGACCCUCGAGGGCCACGCUGAUGCAGUGCAGGGUUACCGCCUGCUGUAUCGCCCGCGGGGCAGUGCCUGGUUGGUGCAGGACCUGAGGGCGGAGUCUCAGCACACACACACACACACACACACACUCUCCGAGCUCCGCAGGGCCACUGACUACGAGAUCAAACUCAGGCCCUUCUUCAGCCAGAGGCAGGGAGCAGACAGCCAGCUGGUCACCAUACGCACACCUGAUGAGGUGUUGAACGGCCCUCCUCAGAACGUGCGUGUGACUCCGCUGGCCAACAGCUCUGUGGUGCGUGUGUCCUGGGAUCCCCCCGCCAACCCACAGAAUGGUAUCAUCCAGCAGUACCGGAUCUGGUGUGUGGGGAAUGACACACACACUCAGGUGAACAGGAGUGUGGACGGGUCGCUCCACUCUGCUCUCCUUGAGGGGCUGCCUCCUGAGGUGCUCUACCGCGUGGAGGUUGCCGCGGUAACCAGUGUGGGUGUAGGCCCCCGCUGUCGGCCUGUCAUGGUCUUUUACAAGCCAUUGAUCACGGCGCCGAAUGAUGACAUCAUCAGCUUGUCAGAGCAGAUCACGGGUGUGGUGCGUCAGCCGGCGUUCAUCGCGGGCGUCGGCGGGGCGUCAUGGCUGCUGCUCAUGGGCUUCAGUGCCCUGGUCUACUGCCGACACCGCCGGCGCAAGCAGCUCGGACACUACACCACCUCAUUCGCUUACACACCAGCAGCUCCUGCAGUGGGCUAUGCUAACAGUGAUGGACUCCUCAAUGGGAGGGCUGGUAUGCUGGGCUCAGACCUGGGGAACUACCCCUGGCUGGCUACCUCCUGGUCCGCCACUAACUACACGCACAACAACAAGGACUCUGCCAACUGCUGCUCGGGAAAACAGGCCUCAGCUGACAGAUACUACAACACAGUGGGGAUCUCUAAGUACCUGAACCACUCUGAGAGGUUCAGCCCUUCGUCCAACGACGGGCCCAUCUACAGCACCAUCAACCCAGAGGAAGAAGGGGAGGAGGAGGAGCUGCCGCACUACACUUCCCAGCAUUCCCAGCAUUCCCAGCAUUCCCAGCACACCUACGCCAGCUCCGCCCUGCUGUCCAAGGCCGACCUCUACAGCCUGGAGCGAGACCUGGACACCUGGGCCCUUCAGUCCGGACACAGCACUGCAGAUUACGCCAAGAUGCAGUACCACCACACAGGGAGCGCUAAACUGAUGAAGUCCUCAUGCCAGUCAAGCGGCUCACUGGACUGGGCAGAUGUGCUGUCUCUCACCUCUCAACAGGAGCCGAGGGGAAACACACACACACACACACACACCGAGGACAACAGAGAGCAGCGACACAGCUCUGAGGAUGAGGAUGACUGGGCCCCCCCCUUCCAGAGCGGACCUACCUGAUGGACACCCUGCCCCGUGACACCCCCACCCUGCCCCGUGACACCCCCACCCUGCCCCUGAGGGGGGCGUCCGUGGGCCCCCCCCCACUCUACUCCACCUCCUACAGCCUGCAGUCCACCGCCACCCUCACCCCCUCCCCCCACGACGAGCCCCGAGAUGCCCACACCACCCGUCUGCACCACCUCGACUUCCUGAUGAGGUAGGCUGCAUCCGCACCACCACCCCCUCUCCCAUAGGGGGCCCCAGAGAGCCCUGCACUGAUAAUAUGGAGGGUGGUGUUUCUACUCUCUGUGAGGAGAUAAGAGGGGUUUUUCUUUUUCCUUUGAAAUGUCGAGGUGCAAAC